UUUAAUGUUCAAAUUUAAAAUCUCGAGCAGAAACUAUUUUGUAAUGUACAUUUUUAUGCAUUACGAUUGCAAAAUCCAGUCGCUGGUCGCGGCUUAUCAUACAAUUUAUGCCUUUUACCUCUAUAAAAAUGUGCUAAAAGUAAAUUUGUUUCAUAUCGAAUAAAAAUAAAAGUUUUCUUAAGUUUGCACCGUAAGGGCAAUGUUGCGGUUUGCGCUGCUCCUCAAUUUACUAUUAUGUCCGUUGGUGAUAUCAAAGCAUAAAUCCUCCGAAGACGACGAUUUGGGAGGAGGUCUGGUGUCAGCGCUGAGGAAUGACGUCAACUUGGACCUGUCCAUGGAUGAGGAGUACGAGGACCUUAGGGCGGAGUUGCUGGCCUACCACACGGCACUAGCCUCCCUCGCCACGGGUCGUAGAUCCAUGAAAACGACACCAUGCUGGAAGUUGGGUGGUAUAUGUAUUGAACACAAAAUGUGUGUCGGUCACAAGUACCUGACCGAAGUUCCUGGCUGCAAAAACAACUUAGAAGUUUGCUGCUUUACAUGGAACAAUUUCCAAGUAAGAGACAUGAGAGACGAAGGAAUCAGUGUAGUGGCGAUGCCAUGGACAAGUCAAAGGGAAGUGGGCGGACUAGGGGUAGUAAGCCCGCACGAUUCCGAGGAAAACAGACACGGGCACGGGCACGGCCACGAGCACGGCCACGGGCACGGCGGUAACCAUGAUAAAAACCAUCAUUCUCCACACUCACACACACACGCACAUAAACCACCACAUAAUUUACAAACCACAGAAGUCUCACAAGAAGAUGAAUACGAUAAUGUACCUGAAAAUGGAAAACCUCCCGUAGUAGUGAUUUUGAGGACCAAAAAGAAAUAAUAAUUGCAAACCUCAGUGUUAAGGGAAACACCAAGAUUAUUAUUUUUGAUUUCACGUGAUAUGAUUCUGUAUUGAAACAAUGUUGUAAAAUAUUUCAACCAAAACAUUAAAUGUCUUAUCGGACGUUGUUCUUUUCUUAAUUAAAAAGUCAAUCGAAUAAAGUUUUUUUAUUUGUUUUUUUUUCCUUUGAUCACCUGAAUUGUAAUGGAAAGAUAAAGUCAUGUUUCUGUUGGGCGGAGGAGUUGUUAUGUUACUUGUGAGUAAUGUGCUGGGCCAGGUUGACGAGUCUCGUCUGCCUCCGAAGUUGCCUGACAAUUACAAGGAUAUAUUCGUAGCAGGGCAAAGCGGGAAACCAACGCUCGGUCAGUUGAAACUCUUAAAACACUUCACAUGACAUUAAUUCAAAAUGGACAUGUUCAUGAGUACUGCCUAUCAAACACAAAAAAUAUAGGGUGUACUGAAAAUUUAUACGACUAAUCAUUUAGCGACCAAGUUUGUUGCUUUUCAAGAAGUGGAUUUACCGAU